AUGGUGCUUCAAAAUACUGGAAAAUACCGACCCGAUAAAGAUGAUUCUGUUAGAAGAGAAGGAACUUCUUCAGGUGGGCUCAAGGAAGAGUCAUCGGAAACUAGAAUUCGUGCCGCUCUGGAGAAUGACAGAAUUGACUCAAAGUAUGGUUUCGAUCGAGUGAGAGAUUUAAAAGAAAGGACUGGCUACUUGAUCAAUAUGCACACGGCUGAGGUACUCGAUGAAGACAAACGAUUAGUUGCUGCCAUGGAUUACUAUUUCAUAGAGAUGGACGGUACCAGAUUCAAAAUUUCAUUAAUGUUUCAACCAUAUUUUCUAAUAAUGGCCAGAAGAGAAUGUGAACAGGAAGUUAUACAAUACAUCUCUAAGAAGUUUGCUAGUUCAGUGCAAAAGAUUGAAGUAUUGGAGAAGGAAGAUUUGGACUUGAUGAACCACUUAUCAGGUCUGAAACAGCGUUACAUAAAAUUAUCAUUUAUGUCUCAAAAUGAUAUGAUGAAAGUCCGACGGGAGAUCUUGACGGCAGUUAAUAAAAAUAAAGAGCGGGAAAAGAAAGAUGUCAUUUAUGCUGAAAUGUUAACUAAUGCAUUAACCAGUGCAGCGGCUAUCGAACACGCUAAGAAAACUACUGACCACAUGGAAAAUAUUUUGGACAUCCGGGAACACGAUGUGCCAUAUCAUGUAAGAGUCUCUAUAGACAUGAGAAUAUUCUGUGGCACAUGGUACACUGUGAAAUGCAGAGGUACUGACCCUCCUAUUUUCACAAAACGAGAUGACAUCAUAGAGAGACCAGAUCCUAUAGUACUGGCCUUUGAUAUAGAAACUACAAAAUUACCAUUGAAGUUUCCAGACUCGCAAACAGAUCAAAUAAUGAUGAUCUCUUACAUGAUCGAUGCACAGGGAUACUUAAUAACAAACAGAGAAAUUAUAUCGGUCGACGUUGAAGACUUUGAAUAUACUCCUAAACCGGAAUUUGAAGGCCAAUUCAUUGUAUUUAAUGAACCAAAUGAGCUGGCACUUAUACAGAAGUUUUUCGAUCAUAUCAUGGAUGUGAAACCACACAUCUUUGUCACAUAUAACGGUGAUUUCUUCGAUUGGCCUUUUGUGGAAGCUCGUGCCGCGAUACUAGGGCUGGACAUGAAGCAGGAGAUAGGGUUCAGUAAGGUGACGUCACGCGACAACACGUACGUCUGCAGACCUGCGAUGCACAUGGACUGCUUAUGUUGGGUGAAAAGAGACUCGUAUCUGCCGGUCGGCUCGCAGGGCCUGAAGGCGGUCGCUAAAGCCAAGCUGAGGUACGACCCCGUCGAGCUGGACCCUGAAGAUAUGUGCAGGAUGGCGUCCGAACAGCCUCAGGUGCUGUCGAACUACUCGGUGUCGGACGCGGUCGCCACGUACUACUUGUACAUGAAGUACGUGCAUCCGUUCAUUUUUGCCCUCUGCACUAUUAUCCCGCUGGAGCCCGACGAGGUACUCCGAAAGGGUUCCGGUACGCUGUGCGAGUCGUUACUGAUGGUCGAGGCGUUCCACGCGAACAUCGUGUUCCCGAACAAGCAGGUGGAGGAGCUGAACAAGCUGACGAGCGACGGCCACGUGCUGGAGACGGAGACUUACGUCGGGGGACACGUCGAGGCUCUGGAGUCCGGUGUAUUCAGAGCGGACAUUAAAUGCAAGUUCCGUAUCGCCCCAACGGCCGUGGACAAGCUGCUGGAGAACACCGAGAAGACCAUGAGGCACGCCAUAGAGGUGGAGGAAGGUAUACCGCUGGAUAUGGUCACGAAUUUCGACGAGGUCUGCGGAGAGAUUAAAGCGAAACUACAACACAUGAAAGAGCACCCGCGAAGGGACGAGAACCCUUUGAUUUAUCAUUUGGACGUCGGCGCUAUGUACCCUAACAUCAUAUUGACGAAUAGAUUGCAGCCCUCUGCGAUGGUGAAUGCCAGUACAUGCGCAGUCUGUGAUUACAACAAGCCCGGGGCCACUUGCCAGAGACACAUGGAGUGGAUGUGGCGCGGAGAUUACUUACCGGCUACGAGGAGCGAGUACCAACGUAUACAACAGCAGCUGGAAACUGAAAAGUUUCCACCUCUACAUCCUGGGGGCCCACCCAGGCCCUUCCACGCACUGCCGAAAGAGGAACAGGCUGCCUACGAGAAGAAACGAUUAGCGGAUUACUGCAAGGUCGCGUAUAAGAAAACCAAAGUUACUAGAAGUGAAAUAAGAACAACUACAAUAUGCCAGAAGGAAAACUCUUUCUAUGUGGAUACUGUACGUGCGUUCAGAGAUCGUCGUUACGAGUACAAAGCUCUGAACAAGCAAGCGAAAGCGAAGGUCUCCGAGGCGGUUGCUAGCGGAGACGCGGCGGAGAUCAAAUCCGCCAAAAGCAGAGAAGUUUUGUACGAUUCACUGCAAUUGGCACAUAAAUGUAUUCUCAAUUCUUUCUAUGGCUACGUCAUGAGGAGAGGUGCUCGAUGGCACAGUAUGGAGAUGGCGGGCAUCGUGUGCUACACGGGCGCCAACAUCAUCAUGCGAGCUCGGGAGAUCAUCGAACAAGUUGGCAGACCGCUCGAGUUGGAUACUGACGGUAUCUGGUGCAUAUUACCGUCAUCGUUUCCAGAAAACGUGACCAUCCACACGAAUCAUCCGAAGAAAAAGAAGAUUAAUGUUUCCUUCCCUAACGCUGUACUCAAUGCCAUGGUUAAGGAUCAUUUUACAAACGACCAGUACUUCGAACUCGUGGAUCCGGAACAGAAGAGAUACGAGCAGCGCUCGGAAAACUCGAUAUUCUUUGAAGUGGACGGCCCUUACUUGGCCAUGGUGUUGCCGGCUUCGAAAGAAGAAGGCAAAAGGUUGAAGAAGCGUUAUGCCGUCUUCAAUUUUGACGGGUCAUUAGCUGAAUUAAAAGGUUUCGAAGUAAAACGUCGCGGCGAACUGCAACUCAUCAAAAUAUUUCAGUCGUCUGUAUUCGAGGCCUUCCUUAAAGGGAACGAUCUGAAGUCGUGCUACGGCGCCGUGGCCCGGGUCGCGGACUACUGGCUGGACGUGCUGUACAGCCGGGGCUCCAACAUGCCCGACGCCGAACUCUUCGAGUUGAUAUCGGAGAACCGUUCCAUGUCCAAGAAGCUGGAGGAUUACGGCGGACAGAAGUCUACGUCGAUAUCGACCGCCAAGAGACUGGCCGAGUUCCUCGGUGAUCAGAUGGUCAAGGACGCCGGCUUGGCUUGCAGAUUUAUAAUAUCUAAGAAGCCCGAGGGUGCUCCGGUGACGGAACGAGCGAUUCCGCUCGCCAUCUUCCAGUCGCCGGCCGCCGUGAAGCGGCACCACCUGCGGCGCUGGCUCAAGGACUCCAGCGUCUCCGAGCACAUCGACAUCCGCGACGUGCUGGACUGGGCCUACUACAUCGAGAGGCUCAGCGGGGCCAUACAGAAGAUCAUCACCAUACCGGCCGCCAUGCAAGGCUUGGACAAUCCAGUGCCCCGGGUACAGUACCCGGAUUGGUUGCACAAGAAGAUGCUCGCCAAAACGGAUAAAUACAAAACGAGGAAGAUCACGGAUAUGUUCAGCGCGCAGCCCAGGGAACUACGCGCUGUGGAGGAAGACGCGGAGGAAUCCGCUGGUGCUGAUACCUCGAACACGGAAGUGGACAUGGAAGACAUUGGCAAUGACAAGACAGGGAGGGCUACAAUAAUUCGUCCGGUAGUGCACACCAUGAAGAGGAAGCGGACUGAAUCUCCGCCUCAAGACGCCGCCGCCACGUGGAGAGAGGCGCUGGGACCUCCGCCGCCUUUCGGAAACUCUAAGGAAGAACGAAGAAAUUGGAUUUUGUUUCAAAAAAGAAAAUGGCUGUGGCAAAUGGAGCAACGUGGCUUAAGAAAUCGAAACAAACGAGGUAAAAUUGACAGUGACAUAAUGCCGCCGCCGAGGAGUUCCGGGCCGGCCGCCACGUUAGGUAGUUUCAUCAGGAGAGCACAGCGCACCUUGUUGAAUACACCAUGGCAAAUUAUACAGGUAGCGGAAACAGCCGAGCCGGGUCUGUUCAAGGUGUGGGCGCUGGUGGGCGCCGAGCUGCACCAGGUGAAGGUGUCGGUGCCGCGCGUGUUCUACGUGAACCAGCGCGUGUGCCGCGGCGCCGACAGCGGCCGCUACUGGCGCCGCUGCAGCCGCCUGCUGCCCCGCGCGCACCCCGUGCUGCACCUCUACCAGUACUCCGUGCCCGAACAGCUCUACAGGGAACAUCAGGAAGAGCUCAUGGGUGAAUUAUCGGCCCCGGAAAUAGAAGGUAUUUACGAGACACAGAUGAGCUUAGAGUUCAGGAUCCUGGUACAACUCGGAUGCAUCUGCGCUGUGGAGCCGCAGGAGGCGAGACGAAUGAUACAGUUCGGUUCAAACAAUAUGGAUUCGUUUACGUUGAAUCAACUACAGUUCAAGAGUGUCGCACAUCAACCUUACUUACCGAAACAGGAUGGACAGUUUCCGAUAAAACACAUAUUCCUGUACCAGCAUUCGUCUGCGAAUUCCAGUCGCAGUAUGUGGGCAUUGAUACUGGGUCCUCUGAAAAAAGGAUAUAUUUUCGUACAGGACACGGUCAAGACUAAUCAAGUACCCAACAUGAGCACCCUUUACGCAGCUGAAAGGACAGCUAAAAUAAAUCAAGGGACAGAUGAGAGCACGCUGCCGGGCCCCGAGCUGUCGUGGGAGGUGGUGGUGGAGAGCUCGACGCGCGCGCUGUGCCGCGGGCUGCAGGCGGCGCUGGGCCGGGGCCGCACGGAGCGCGCGGGGCCGGCGCUGCUGGCCGUGCAGGCCACACUCUCGCUGCCCGCCCUCACCGCGCUCAUGCCCGGUCUGGUUGACUACCCGAUAGUGCCGCUGCACGUCCGCGACGUGGAGACCCUGUUCAACACGUUGGAGUGGCAGAGGAUAGGCGCGAGGGCCAUCGUCAGGCACUACCUCAACUUGGAGUCGGUGCUGGCGCUCACCAUCGAGCAGUGCAGAUAUUUCCACGUGCCGCUGGGCAACAUGCCGGCGGACCCGACGCUGUUCGGCGCGGACCUGUUCUACGCCCGCCACCUCGUCAAGCACAACUUCGUGCUCUGGUGCUCCAACCUCGAACGUCCGGACCUCGGAGGGAGAGAGAUCGACGAUAACAGACUGGCGAGCGAGGCGGAGGAGGGCGGGGCGUGGAGCGGCGGCGCGGGCGGCGCGCACGGCGGCGUGUGCGUGGAGCUGGGGCUGGACGCGCUCAGCGUGUGCGCGCUGCUGCAGGCGCACCUCGUGCUGCAGGCGGAGGGCACCAGCGCAGCCACCGCCUUCGGGCACGCGCCCACCAGUCUACAGCACCUGCUCGACAACACCGGUCCGAACGCGUCCCUGAACUACGACGAGGCGGCUCAGUGCAGCGCCGCCUUCAAGAUCCUGAGGACGAUGGUCGCGUCCUGGCUCCGUGACGUCACGCAAUACAAAAACGUCUUCGCAGACUUCCAAAUAACGCACUUCUACAGGUGGUUAAAAACGCCGACGUCUCUGCUGUACGACCCGGCGCUUCGGCGCACGCUGUACAACCUGAUGAAGAAGCUGUUCCUGAUGCUGCUGGCGGAGUUCAGGCGGCUGGGCUCGGUGCUCGUGCACGCCGACUUCAACAAGAUCCUGCUCAGCACUAAGAAGACUUCGGUCGUCGACGGAAUAGGAUACGUAGAAUUCGUGGUGCAGAGCAUAAGGAAUAAGGAACUGUUCCACGGCAUCGAUAUUAGGUACCGGCAGUGCUGGGUGCAUCUGCUGUGGCUCGACGAGGCCAACUAUGCGGGGAUACAGGGUAAACUUCCGGAAGGCUUAACUGAAGUGGGAUCUUCUCAAGUUCCUCCGAGCAACAACGAGGAUGGCGACACUGAUGAGGAGAGUUCGAUAGUGAUGCACUGGAACCUGGCCAAGUUCCUGCCGGGCUUCGUCCGGGAGCAGUUCGUGUCCGCCGUGGCCGGGUACCUGGCCGCCGCCCGCACGCGCCCCGCCGACCUGCCCGCCCUGCUGCGCGGCGAGAUCUCGCAGAAACUGUUCCGAGUAACGGAGAAGAUAAACACGCGGAUGCCGACGCUCCGGCUGUCGGACAUCGGGCCGCAGCCCGGCCUCAAGGCGGACGCGCUCAGUGACGUCACGCCCGCCCUGCUCUUCGUCAACGCCGUCUGUAAAGUGUUCUCUCUCGAUCCGACCUUAGACGAAGAGAUGACGCUAGUGCGGCGCAACCUGCUCCGUCUGAUCGGCGUGGGCGAGUUCAGCAGCGCGGCGGAGUGGCGCGAGCCGUGCGCCGCGUGCGUGCUGACCGAGCUCACGUGCCGCGUGUGCAACCACUGCCGCGACCUCGACCUGUGCAGGGACGCGCGAGACGACACGGAACGUCCGGCGUGUUUAUGUCCAACAUGUGGAACAGCAUAUGAUAAUCAGGAAAUAGAAUGGCGACUAAUCGAGACGAUGAACAAACGUACGAUGGCGUAUACGCUGCAAGAUCUUAUAUGUAGCCGAUGUCACCAGGUAAAACGUGAGAAUUUGUCUGUGGUCUGUGAUUGUGCUGGAGAUUUUUCGCUGAUGGUUCCCGUAACAGAGAUCAAAGACCAACUAAUGACUUUUAAGACAAUAGCCGAAUAUUAUCAGAUGCCAUUAUUGUUAGAACAAAUUGACUUUAAUCUUAAAAACAUGUGAUAGUUUGUAUUUUAAGUAUAAUUUUUUUUAUAUAUGUCCCUUUGUUUUAUUUCUAUUGUCACAAACAAUUAAGUAGAGAA